AUGCGAGACGAGGUCCCCGAUGGUUGGAAGCGGGCCUGUUCGCGGCGCAGAUACAUGCUGUCUAGUGAGAGGUCUGGGUUGGAGUAUGCGAUGGGGAUUGGGGGUGGCGGUGGUGGUGGUGGGGUGGACAUGGUUGGGAAGGUUGGCGAUGAAUGGCGGGAGCUGAUGGAGGGGCGUAGGAGAUGCUGCUUGAUGUUGAUGCUGCGGUCUGGGGAUUUGCGGCGGAUGCAGAAGGCUAGCGCGAAGAGGAAUAUUAGGACGGCACAGCCGCCGAUGAUACUUCCGACUAGGAUGUUGGUUUUGGUAGAGGGUGAAUUUGCCGAGGUGCUGGAGGUGCUUGCGUUUGGGACCCCGAUCAAUGGGGGUGUUUUUGUUGGAGAUGGAGUUGAGGUUGUGAGUGGGAUGGUUGAACUGGUCAAGCUGGUCAAGCUGACUGAGCUGGUCGCGCUGAGAGGUGUUGUUUUGAUCAUGGAUGUAAGUCGCGUACUUGAGCCCAAUGGCGGUGCAAUGUACAUAAUGCUUGAGGUCGUGGACGGAGAUUCCGCAGUUGAAGACGGUUGGGUCUCCAUUGGGAUUGAUAGCGAUGUCAUUGGGCUACGUGUUGGCGCUAAAGUCUCCAUGGAAGACGUAGAAGACGUAGUGGGCUCUGCGUUGUCGCUCGAAAGCCAAGUUGACAUAUUGGUCAAGACCGACAAAGUUGGUGUUGACAAAGUCCCAUUGGGGGCACUCGACGUGACGCUUCCAGGCAAGGUAAACACCCAGGUUGGGCGCAAUGUCUCCGUCUGGAUUGCGGUUAUAGUCACCACUGGGUAG